GGCCGGUGGCGGCCAUUGCCGGCACGACGGGGCGCGGCGGCGGCGGCGGCGGCGGAGUAGGCGGCGGCGGAGUAGGCGGCGGCAACAGCAGCGACGAGGCGGCCGUGGCGGAAAAGCAGAGAGUGAACCUGGAUGAAGAUUUUUUUGCAAAGAGGGUGCUAAGGAAGAGGUUGGAGAAGGUGGGAAUCUAUACACUUCAGCCACCAUGUCUGGGAUUGGCAAUAAACGGAUGGCUGGAGAGCCUGGUCCUUCUGCACCUCCAGAGAAGAAGGCAGGGGUUGAAGAUUCAGGCACCACUGUCGAGACUAUUAAACUUGGUGGUGUUUCUUCAACGGAGGAGCUGGACAUCCGGGCCCUGCAGACCAAGAACCGGAAGCUGGCGGAGAUGCUCGACCAGCGCCAGGCCAUCGAAGAUGAGCUGCGGGAGCACAUUGAGAAGCUGGAGCGUCGGCAGGCCACCGACGAUGCCUCUCUGCUGAUCAUCAACCGCUACUGGAAUCAGUUUGAUGAAAAUAUCCGCAUCAUCCUUAAACGCUUUGACCUGGACCAAGGUCUUGGAGACCUUUUGUCUGAAAGAAAAGCACUGGUGGUGCCAGAACCUGAACCAGACUCUGACAGUAAUCAGGAGCGCAAAGAUGAGAGGGAACGAGGGGAAGGACUGGAGCCAGCAUUCUCCUUUCUGGCCACUCUAGCCAGCAGUACCAGUGAGGAGAUAGAAUCUCAGCUGCAGGAACGCGUGGAGUCCUCCCGCCGUGCUGUUGCCCAGAUUGUGACAAUGUAUGACAAGCUGCAGGAGAAGGUGGAUGUGCUGUCUCACAAGCUGAAUAGUGGAGAUAUUUCACUGAUGGAAGAAGCAGUAGUGGAGCUGAAUACCUACCUGUCACAUGAGAAUGGACGGCUGCAGGAACUGGCUGAUGUUCUUCAGGAGAAGCACAGAGUCAUGUCUCAGGAGUUCUCCAAGCUGCAAGAGAGGGUGGAGACAGCAGAAUCCCGGGUGUCUGUCCUGGAGACCAUGAUUGAUGACCUUCAGUGGGACAUUGACAAGAUCCGCAAGAGAGAGCAGAGGCUCAACCGCCACCUGGCCGACGUCCUGGAGCGAGUAAAUUCCAAAGGCUACAAAGUGUAUGGAGCUGGAAGCAGCCUCUAUGGGGGAACAAUCACCAUUAAUGCCCGCAAGUUUGAGGAGAUGAAUGCAGAGCUGGAAGAGAAUAAAGAGCUUGCUGGGAAUCGCCUUAAUGAAUUGGAGGAACUACGUCAGGAUCUUGAGGAAGUAACAACACAGAAUGAAAAGCUCAAGGUGGAGCUGCGACGGGCAGUGGAAGAGGCUGUGAAGGAGACCCCGGAAUAUCGCUGCAUGCAGUCCCAGUUUUCUGUUUUGUAUAACGAGAGUCUCCAGCUGAAGGCACACCUUGACGAGGCCCGCACACUGCUCCACGGCACCCGCGCCACGCACCAGCGCCAGGUGGAGCUGAUUGAGAGGGAUGAGGUCAGCCUUCACAAGAAGCUGCGCACUGAGGUGAUUCAGCUGGAGGACACCCUGGCACAAGUUCGCAAAGAAUAUGAGAUGUUGAGGAUAGAGUUUGAACAGACACUUGCUGCCAAUGAGCAAGCAGGCCCCAUUAAUCGGGAGAUGCGCCACCUCAUCAGCAGCCUCCAGAAUCAUAACCACCAGCUGAAGGGAGAGGUGCUGAGAUACAAGCGCAAACUGAGAGAGGCCCAGUCUGACCUGAGCAAGAUCCGCUCUCGCAGUGGCAGUGCUCUCCUCCAGUCCCAGUCCAGCACUGAAGACACAAAGGAGGAACCGGCAGAGAUCAAGCAGGAGCCUGAUGAUCCUUCUGCCCAAGUGACUGUUCCCAAGGCUCCUUCUGAAGAUGUUAAUGAGAUGAAGGCCAGGCGAGAUGAAGAGGAACGGGAGCGGGAGAGACGGGAAAGGGAGAGGGAGCGAGAGAAGGAAAAGGAGAAGGAGAGAGAAAGAGAAAAAGAGAAAGAGAAGGAAAAGGAACGAGAGCGGGAAAAGCAGAAGCAGAAGGAAUCAGAGAAGGAGAGAGAGUCCAAAGAGAAGGAGAAAGGGAAACAUGAAGAUGGACGAAAGAAGGAGGCUGAAGUGAUCAAGCAGCUGAAGGCUGAGCUCAAGAAGGCCCAGGAGAGCCAGAAGGAGAUGAAACUAUUGCUGGAUAUGUACCGCUCUGCCCCCAAAGAACAGAGAGACAAAGUGCAGCUGAUGGCAGCUGAGAAGAAGGCAAAAGCUGAGCUUGAAGAACUGAGGCAGAGGGUGAAAGAAUUGGAAGACAAGGAAAAAAAGGAGAGUAAGAAGAUGGCUGAUGAGGAUGCCCUCCGCAAGAUCCGAGCAGUGGAGGAACAGAUUGAAUAUUUACAGAAGAAGCUUGCCAUGGCUAAGCAGGAGGAGGAGGCCCUGCUGUCAGAGAUGGAUGUCACAGGCCAAGCCUUUGAAGACAUGCAAGAGCAGAACAUCCGCCUGAUGCAGCAGCUGCGGGAGAAGGAUGAUGCCAACUUCAAGCUGAUGUCAGAACGUAUCAAGUCCAACCAGAUCCAUAAGCUGCUGAAAGAGGAAAAGGAGGAGCUAGCAGACCAAGUUUUGACACUGAAAACACAGGUGGAUGCCCAGCUGCAGGUUGUACGUAAGCUGGAGGAGAAGGAACACUUACUGCAGAACAGCAUUGGAACAGGAGAGAAGGAGCUGGGUCUGCGAACACAGGCCCUGGAGAUGAACAAACGCAAGGCCAUGGAUGCAGCCCAGCUUGCAGAUGAUCUGAAGGCCCAGCUAGAACUGGCUCAGAAGAAGUUACAUGAUUUUCAGGAGGAGAUUGUGGAAAACAGAGUAACUAGAGAGAAAGAGAUGUUCAACUUCAAAAGGGCUGAGGAAGAUAUUUCUAGGUUGCGCAGGAAGCUGGAGACCACAAAGAAGCCUGACAUGGUUCCCAACUGUGAUGAGAUCCUGAUGGAGGAAAUCAAGGAUUACAAGGCCCGCCUGACGUGCCCCUGCUGCAACAUGCGCAAGAAGGACGCGGUGCUCACCAAGUGCUUCCACGUCUUCUGCUUCGAGUGUGUGAAGACGCGCUACGACACCCGGCAGCGCAAGUGCCCCAAGUGCAACGCGGCCUUCGGGGCCAACGACUUCCACAGGAUCUACAUCGGCUGAGGCCUCUCAGAGCCCCUGCUGGUGCUGAGCCAGCCUCCCUCCCUCCCUCUCAGCUUCUGCUGCCAGAGCUGCAGUGUCUCCUGGGAGGUGCCUUCGGGGUCUCAGAAGAAACACACUCUGGAUCUUGCUUCCUUUCUUGGCCCUGUCCCUUUGGUCUUGCCCUCAGUUUUUGUGUGUUCUUUGUGCCUGAGAGGAAAUUUCCCAUCCCUCACUUUCACACUGCCAAGGUGGGAACGUGCAGCUGAAGUGCUGCUUUGGUGGGAUGGAAGCUGAGCUGUAGCAGAGAUUAGUAAGAGCUUCAUUUAAGGGCUCUGCUUUGGAUGCUAAUUAAGUCCCGCCAAGGAAAUUAAUAUGUAGACUCAAUGGAGCAGCUCCUUAGGUACCUGUAUAUCUUCCUGAGCCCAGGCAAGAACCCCUGAGGGCUGGUACACUAGGAAACAAUCCUCCCUAGCCCUGAACAAACACAGCUAAAUAUCCAGAAGAGGAGAAAGGAGAGAUCUUGGAGACCCUUAGAAAAUAGCAUUCCAUUGAUGAGCCCUGGUUGAUGUGCUCACAGUCUCCUAGGCUGAGGCAUUGCUGUCAUUAUCCUUCUCAGAAAAGGACUUUUAGUGGUUCCUUUGCUACAGCUUUACCACAAAGAUUAACCUUGUUAUGUACAAAUUCUUAUUAAAGUUAUUGUUUGGUUUA